CUUGCGAUCCCUCGUGGCUGCCUCUUGGGAUCGCCACGUCGAUACCAUGACGUACGUGCUCUCGCAUCGCUGCUGGCAAGACGAGCCAUCUACGGACUCCGACGAGCGGUUCGAGGAGACGAUGCACAGUCUGUUCUUGGCCGCGGCGCGCAUCGGCAGCCUUACCAUCUUGCAACUCGUUUGCGACGCGCUCCAACUACAAGAGCCGACAACCCGACUGACGCAGCUGCCACGCCUCGUCUCGGAGCGCAUGAUGAACGACGCAGCGUCCCAUGGUCACCUCGAUAUGCUGCGGCAUUUGCACGACGUCUAUGGCUUUGCGUGCACCGAUAAUGUCCGACAAGUAGCGAGAUGCAACGGCCGCAAGAAGGUUCUACGCUACUUGAGCUCCGUCAAGUGCGAGGUCGGCGUCUCGUAUUUGUGA